AUGCCGCUCUACUCUAAAUUUAUGAAGGAUAUGCUAACCCGAAAGAGCAAGUACAUACAUAGUGACACCAUAGUUGUGGAAGGAAACUAUAGUGCUAUGAUUCAACGCAUUCUUCCACCUAAGCAUAAGGAUCUAGGCAGUGUCACUAUUCCUUGCUCGAUCGGUACUGUCUCAGUGGGAAAAGCUCUUAUUGAUUUAGGAGCAAGUAUUAAUUUGAUGCUGCUCUCUAUGUGUCGGAGGAUAGGAGAGCUGGAGAUAAUGCCCACAAGAAUGACUCUGCAGUUAGCAGACCACUCCAUCACCAGGUCAUAUGGAGUAAUAGAGGAUGUUUUGGUCCAAGUGAAGAACUUUACCUUCCCAGCUGAUUUUGUUAUUAUUGACAUUGAGGAGGAUGCCCAGAUCCCUUUGAUAUUGGGGCGUCCAUUCAUGUCAACUGCCAGUUGUGUAGUGGAUAUGGGGAAGAAGAAGUUAGAGAUGGGAAUUGAAGAUCAAUAG